CAAAAAAUUGGGUCCAGAACAUGACGCAGGAGAGCCGAAGAUUCAGAUUUCCCUUCCCAGAUAAUCCGUUUACGGAUUUGUGGAAACCUUUCGUUCAACUUUAAGAAGAAUCGUUCCAGGAAACAUGUAACACUCUUCCAAUCAUCGUAUACCCAAAAUUUUUCCUUUUCCAGAAACCGAAGAUUCCACUCCAUAACGAUUCUAUUAACAAUUAGCAAGCUAUUUCACGUUUGACUUUUGUUUUAUGAAAUUACACGUUCUGUUCUGCUCCGUUAUUUUCUGUUUGUCAAACACUUUUUGUAAUUAGUGUUAUCUGGGUGUAGUGUUUGUAUUUUAAAAUUACUGAAAUGGGAUGUUGCUUAAAUCUAUAUGCGCCAUUCUGAAAUUAUUGGGUGAAUUGUUUUGGCUUCCAUUCUCUGUUCUUUCAAGAUUUUUUGCAUUUUUUUUAAUAAUGGUCGUUUGACAUUGUUUUGAUACAAUUGCGCUGAAAAAGCGUGCAAUUUUUUGUCAGAUUCCUGCAUAAUAUGAGAUAAUUUGUUGACCCAGAAGCUUUUAAUUGUGUGAUUUUUGGAAAUAAGAGGUUUUUUGGUUGGUAUUUGGAGAGAGAUUUAGGAUUCCCAAAAGAAGAAAAGUUAACCUGUAGUGGGGUAAUUGAAGUUGAAAAUUCAUACUUAUAUCGGACUUUAGAGCAAUGAAAAGUGAAGUGUGGAGAUGGGCUGUGGGAUUGUUCUAUAUAUUCUUAGUUGCAACUAUAUGGAUUGCUGCUAGUUUUGUGGUACAGACUGUUGUAGAUGAAGGUGCGUCGCCAUUUCUUGUAACAUACAUUUGCAAUUCGAUGUUUGUUGUGUAUAUUCCUUUAGUUGAGAUCGUGCGAUAUUUGGAGGACAACUAUGGAAAUAUAUUCUUCUGGUUAAAUAAGAAUAGUCGUGUUACGCAAGAAUUAGGAACUUCAGAGGAGGUGAUUCUUCUCGAUGCGGGUGGUCAAGCUGACAGUAUAAGCACAGAUGUGGUAGCACAACAAGAACAAGUGGAUCACCAUGAAGCAGAAGUUAUUUUCACAAAAGGUACAAUUGCCCUGGAUGAUAACAAUACAGGAUUGGAUGCAAAAGGGCGAUGGACACGUAGGAGAGUUGCAAGAGUUAGCCUAGUGAUAUGCCCAUUCUGGUUUCUGGCACAACUCACAUUUAAUCUUUCUUUGAAGUAUACUACGGUUACGUCCAAUACCAUCCUAAGCACUGCCUCCAGUUUGUUCACCUUUCUAGUCGCUCUUGUAUUCUUGGGUGAGAAGUUUACUUGGCUGAAACUGAUCAGUGUUCUGCUUUGCAUGGGAGGAACUAUAAUUGUCAGUUUAGGUGACUCAGAAACAGGAUUAAGAUCAAUUGCUUCAAAUCCAGUUCUUGGUGACAUUCUGGCUCUUCUAUCUGCAGGCUUCUACGCCGUGUAUAUUACCCUUAUUCGCAAAAAAAUGCCUGACGAAGAUGAUUCAGAAAGUGGCCAUGCCAGUAUGGCACAGUUUCUUGGAUUUUUAGGUUUGUUCAACAUCUUGAUAUUCCUUCCUGUUGCGCUCAUACUUGACUUUGCUAAACUGGAGCCAUUCAACACUCUUACCUGGAAGCAAUUUGGUCUAAUUGUGGGUAAAGGUUUGCUGGAUAACGUGUUGAGUGAUUACCUAUGGGCCAAGGCCAUCCUCCUUACAAGCACCACUGUAGCAACAGCUGGUCUUACAAUUCAGGUUCCUUUAGCAGCUAUUGUGGAUUCAGUGACCGGAAAUGCACCCCAUCUCUGGGACUAUAUUGGAGCUGCUGCUGUAAUGGUUGGUUUUGCCGGUAUUAACAUUCCUUCAGAAGCCUGUUCUGGAACUAAAGAAGCCAAUCUCGAACUAGAUAAUGGAAACCUCGAACCAUCUGGCCAACAAGGCUUAUCGAGGUAAAUGAUAGGCUCUCCAUUUCAUCUGUCAAAUAGUACAGUUAAGAUGUAUUGUACAAUAAUUUUGUUGAAGAAAAUGAAUUGCAGAAAGUUUAUGUAGUUUGAUUCAUUACUACUUUUGGAUGGAUUCGGCAAAGAUGGACUGCCUUUACUGUGCAAUUAUACCGCGAUAUAGAAACAAUAUUGGACAAAAGAAAGAAAAUAUGAAUGCCAUUUGCCUUUUCGACAAGAA